GCCGCUUCCCCUCGUCGGAGCGGUCGCCCGUCCGUCCGAGGCCGCGGGGAGCGCGGCACAGUCCGUCGGCCCGUGGCGGGGCGGCCUGCCGGCGUCUUCGCGGCGACCAAGGACGACCGGGAAGGGGAGCGGCCGGGAUGGCGCGUCCGCGGCCCCGCGAGUACAAGGCGGGCGACCUGGUGUUCGCCAAGAUGAAGGGCUACCCGCACUGGCCGGCCCGGAUCGAUGAACUCCCAGAGGGAGCAGUGAAGCCGCCGGCAAACAAGUACCCUAUCUUCUUUUUUGGCACCCACGAAACCGCAUUUCUAGGUCCCAAAGACCUUUUCCCCUAUAAGGAAUACAAAGACAAGUUUGGGAAGUCAAACAAACGGAAAGGAUUUAAUGAAGGACUGUGGGAAAUAGAAAAUAACCCAGGAGUAAAGUUCACUGGAUACCAGGCAAUUCAGCAGCAGAGCUCCUCAGAAACGGAGGGAGAGGGUGGCAAUACCGCAGAUGCGAGCAGCGAGGAGGAAGGGGACAGAGUUGAAGAGGACGGAAAAGGCAAAAGGAAGAAUGAGAAAGCCGGCUCGAAGCGGAAAAAGUCCUACACCUCGAAGAAAUCCUCUAAACAGUCCCGGAAAUCUCCAGGAGAUGAAGAUGACAAGGACUGCAAAGAAGAGGAAAACAAAAGUGGCUCGGAGGGUGGGGACGCCGGCAAUGACACAAGAAACACAAGUUCAGACUCGCAAAAAACCAGCGAAGGGACCUAACUACCGUAAUGAAUGCUGCAUAUUCAGAGAAACCGCAGAAAGGUUGUGCGUUUGGUUGUCUACUAUUCUUGGAUUUGAUAUGAACCAACACGGUCCUUGUUGUCAUCGACAGAACCCCAGUUUGUAUGCACAUUAUUCACAGUCCUCUCUGUUUGUGUUUAGAGAAAGGAAGAAAAAAGACAUUUUAGCCUUUUUUAAGGUUAUUGAUUUAAUUUCAUGUUAUUUGGUUGCAUGAAGUUGCCCUUAACCACUAAGGAUUAUCAAGAUUUUUGCACAAACUUAUACAUGUCCAGGAUCCUUUAAUCAAGGCAGUUGUGUUCUCCACACCCUGCCUGUACUCCGCCAGCACCAAACACUCAGUUAGAUAUAAAUUUGCAUUUAAAAAAAAUGACCACUCAACAUGAUGUGUAUUUCCUCUAACCCAGGAGCCAGUUCCUAGAUAGAUGACGUUGGCAUAUUGAAGAUGGAAUUAAAAUUGUUCUUCAUUUUUGAGGCCAUGUGUAAAGUUGAAUCAUACUGUAAAAUAUCUAUUCCGUAUUAGAAAUAGCCAGUUGACAGCUUAUACUUCUCAAAACUCAUGCUGUUAUGCACACACACCCAGUUUCUACAUGUGAAGUCAGUGAGUCUUUCUGUGUCACUCCCGAAUAAAGGCGACACUUUAUCCUCCCGCCGCCAGGGCGGGGGGCGGGGGAGGGGGGGGACUCACUCAAGGGAGGCACUUGGCCUUUCAGAGCUGGAGUCCGCGGCGGCCCCAUGGGAAGCCAGACAGCGCGGUGACUUUUAAGUACAGACUUUCCAAACAGCCUUGUUUUCUUUCGGAACUAGAAUUAGAAUAGUUACUACCCAUCCACAAACCAUUAUUAUGUGUACAUUAUUGUUGCUAUUGUGAUAAUAGAGAAUUUUAUUUAUUUUUAUGCCAGCUUAUAUUGUGAGAACACAUUUAGUCAGUUUGGGUUUUUCCUCAAUCCUGUUAUGCUUGUCCUUGGAACAUAUUUCGCGUAUUCGAGGUUUGUAGUUGAAAAGUUUACUGUAAAAAAAAAAUCAAAAACAAAAAAAAUGUAUUGUUUUUACAGAAUAAAUUUAUUGGAAUGUGUACUGGGAGUAAGAUUUGAGGUUGUAAACAGCUGAGUUAGUGUAAUUUGGCUUCAUAUAUGUAAUGUGAGGUAUUAAUGUAAUUCAUAUAUUAAAGCAAAAUUGGUUAACAGCAAGUUAACAAUAGAGUCAAGUGCAGGUGAGGGUUUUCUUUUUCUUUUUGAACACCCUGGGCUUUAGGGGGUUUUUUAUGAACACGUUGGGUGGGGGAGAGGAACGGCUCUGGUUGCUCGUCUACCUAAGCCAUUUACCAGCUCACUGGGCCCUAAAUUCAGACCUUAUCCGUGUGUGGAUCCGGACCCCAUUUUUUUCUGUUCUUUCUGUGGGGAAGAGCUGGUGACAGGCGGCGGUU